CACCCUCAGUCGCCAUUACACUCGUGCCAGAGGAAGGUCGCGCUGGUCGUCUUAUCGUUUCUUCUGCGUCGUACAGCAACUCCUUCAUGCGUUUACCCAGUAACAACCCCAGCGGGAGUCAGUCCAGUGGUGGCUUUGGUAGUGCCAGGAUGAAUUCCAACGCUGAGCCAGACUUUUCUGAAUUUAUGUGGAUGGCCGAGGAGGACCUGGAGGCCUUCGACAACAAGGUGAUCACAGAGGUCGCCCAGGUGAUGAUGCAACACAGCGCUGCCAACAAUCUCAGGGACGAAGAAGAGGAGUUCCUGCGGCAAAUGCUGGAAGAGGAGGAAAGGCGCGACACUGUGUACUAUGACCAGUAUAUUGAGCAGAAAUCAAGAAAUAAUACGACCUCUGACUUGACUGCCAGUAUGCAGAAGAUGGGCAUGAAAGAGGAUGUUGUUGCUAAUAGCAACUUAAAUCCAUAUGCUGCGGAGUUUGUCCCUGGACAAGCUGUCACUAGUCCAGCGAAUGCGCCCAGUCUUGUUCAUAAAAAAAAUACAGAGAAGAGUUCUUAGAAAUUGGAAGAUCUUUCCUCUUUGGUCUUGAAAACUCGGCAGCAGAUAGCUUAUGAUAUUAUUUUCGAAAAUAUUAUUCAGUGUACAGGAGAUUUAUACAAAUUGUAUCCGUGCUAAAGAAGGAAAACUGUUUUAAUUAUAGUUUAAUUUUUUUCUUUAUCUUUUCAGUCUUUCUUCUUUUUUUUUUAAAGGCUAACAUUGAAUAAAAGAUUUUUAAAAAAUAUCAGUAAUAUAUGAAUGAUUUUCAAAUAAAUCCUCAGGAUUUGAUUUUCUUCUACAGAAGAACCUCUUUAAAAUACUAGUGACUGAAUAUCCUGUAAUCAGAAGAGGAGAGUAAGGAUUGGAAGCAUACUUUCUGUGUAUGGUAGAAAAUGUAAAGAAAAAAGUUUUUUUUCUCUUUGAAUUGAAAUGGAUUUUGAUUUUGCAUCAGGUAAUUUGCAUGUUGAGGUGAUGGCAAGACUGAUUGAGAUGUGUUUCGCAUUUGUGCUUGGUCUUGUUUUUCUCUCGGCUGAUGGAACGUGUGUACAUGUCCAUGUUGUAGAAUCAAAGUAUUUACAUUUAUAUUGAUAUGAUAAUGCAAAAUCCCAGGUAGUGUUAAUUCCUUGAGUAUCGUCUAUCAUGUGUUUUUUUUUGUCUGUAUUUUCUUGGUAUUUAAGUUUAUGUAUGUGUGUGUUUUCAGACUGGAAUUAGAGAUACUGGGAUAUUAAGGAAUCAUUUUGCCAACUUACAUGACAUACAUAGGAAUCUCAGUUUUAAUUGAUCAUUAUUUCCCAAAUUAAAUUUCUUGCUGUUAUCCAUUUUCCUCACUUUCUUUAGGAAAUAAAAUUGAAUGAGAUAGAUAUUCACAGUGAAAGUAUAAACAUCAUGUAACACAUUCUAAUUCUGAUGCCUUUAACAUAAGGCUACAUCCUGUUUGAGAGUCAGUUGGUUUCAUAACUAUAUAGGGAACUCCAGUUGCUAGUCAAGAGUAUAUUUAGAUUAAGGAUGUUACAGGUAGAUGCACAAGUCCCAUUAUUGUUUACUGCAGGGAUUAAGAAAUUGAUUUUGAAGCAUGAAAGCUGAAAGCCAUGACUUUAAAAGGAUCAGGCUUUCAGCAUGUUCAUUGUUAGUUUCUGAUAAUAAUUGUGUGUAUUUGUAAUAUGGCAAGUGUUCGAACAACAAAUAAGCUAACAAUGAACAAGUAUUGUUAGUGCAAGAUGUCAUCUUUUUUUUUUUCUUUCUUUUUUUUCCUUUUUUUUUUCUUCAGUCAUUUGGAAACUGAUUUGCUCAAAGUGGUUUACAUGUGAAGGUAUUAGCUGCUCUUCUCAACCUUCUCUUCAGUUCCCUUUUGUAAAAGACUUUCCCCUUUUUCUUUUCCCACAUUGCAUUCCUUAAUGGGUUUCGCAGUAAGGGAUUUGAGAGUGGUAGAUUUAUUAAAAGAAGAGAGAAUCCCAUGAGUAUUGUUGAUUACUUUUGUUGUAUUUUCCCUUCUACGAUAGGGAACAACACUUCAAAAAAUUGAGUGUUUUAAAGAGGUCAAACUGUAGUACAGUCCUUCCUCUCCAUUAUGGGUUGAUUUUCAAUAAAGCAUUGAUUUUUAUUAUUUAAUGAAAGAUGAAUACAUAUUCGUUUUAAAGUAAGAGCAGCUUUUGUCGAAUUAUUAACAUAACUAACAUUUUUGGAAAUAAAAAAAAUAUUGUAAAUAUAACAUUAUAUACUCUUGUACAUUGGAUUGUUUGUAUAAUGAAACUUCCUUCACUAGGUUUAGGAGAGUUCUACUAUUUUGGUAUUAUGAAGUAAUCUCUUCAUAUUUUGGUGAUAUUCAGUGGUAUUUUGGAUGGUGUACAUAAGCCUGGGGUUAUUGGGUCUUCAUAAAUGUGAAUGUAUAAAAAUGGGAGAAAAAAAAAAAUCCAGUGAAACAGUAACAUUGAGAAAAAUGUUUGUUGUAUGAAAAAAAAAAAGGAUAAAAGUUCUUGUUGCACAUGUACUUGCCACUAUUUCUCACCAUGAUUGCUGGUCACAAUGCAAACAUUUUUCAUCCAAUGUGUACUUUCAAUGGUGAAACACCAAUCCAGGAGCUAUUGGAGUGGUGGUGUUAUUUUUUUAUUUGUUGUCAUUACAUCAUUAUCUUUUUUCUUUUCUUUUUAUUAUCAUUUUAUCAUAGUGUUAAUUUUUAAAAACUGUCUGUUAGAAUGUAUUCUUUUAUAUGUGUUUACAGUGUCACAUAACCUGUACAAGAAGAAUCAUUCACAGAAAGAGAGAGAGAAAAAAAAAAGAAAGAGUUGCAGUUAAGUAUCUGUUGUUGCAUAAAGUUUGUUCUGUAUCCCUCUUUACCGUCCCUUUAUAGAAUGGAAGUCCCGCCGAAAAAAAAAUAUAUAAAAAAAAGUUGAUCUCAUACAUUUUCCGUUUGAAAUUGGUCAUCAAGCCUUUCUUUUACUCAUGCGUGCGAGUGAAGAAGGUCUGUUUUCACUUAUUUAAUCCUUUACCCGUAUUUUCUUUUUUUAUAAUUGCAGCUCAUUGAGAGGCUUGAGUGAACAGGGAGACCUCGUUUUCUUUUCUUUUUUUAUCAUUUAUAUUCUUAUUCUUUGGUUUAGUAGCUUUGUAAAAGUAGUGUUUUUAAAUUGGUGUGGAUAUAGUGUUUUUUCUUCUCUGCAAAGGGUAAUGUUUUUUUGUUUUGUUUUUUAUAAAGGAACAUGUUU